GACCAUGCCGAUGGUAAUUCCGCAUCCGAGGAAGCGGCGAGUACUAAAGGCGCCGAUGAUCUUCUGCUCGAGAAAUUGGGAUACAAGCCAGUUCUUACUCGUACAUAUGGCCUGAUUGAGAACUUUUCAACAUCUUUUGCUGCAUUGUAUUUUGUAGGUGGCGUCCGAGUCACGUUCAGCACGGGCAUUGCUGCUGGUGGAAACCUGGCUUACUGGACGAGCUAUAUCAUCACUUGUGUCUUUACUUUUAUCACUGCCGCUGUGAUUGCUGAAGCAUGUUCGGCUUCGCCGUCAGCUGGUUCUAUCUACUUAUGGGCCGCGGAAUCCGGCGGUCCUCUGUUCGGGCGUCUUUUCGGCUUUAUUGUGGCUUGGUGGAGUACUACGGCAUGGACGACCUUUUGUGCAAGUAAUUCUCAAGCAGCAGCAAACUAUAUGCUCUCUGAAAUCACUGUUUUCGGAGUCGACUUUCCUUCAGACUCCAGUAAUGUCAAGUUUCGAGCGGUGCAGUGGAUAUGUACAGAACUUCUUUUGGCAACUGCCGCCUUGGUCAACUUUUUGCCACAACGUCUUUUUCGAUAUGUGUUCUACAUCUCAUCUUUCUUUGUGUUGCUGGACUUCUUUCUCAAUGUUAUCUGGCUUCCUAUUGGAACCGCCAAUACGAUAGGUUUUAGGACUGCCGAGCAAGCAUUCAUGUCAACAUACAAUGGAACGGGAGCUCCACCCGGAUGGAAUUGGUGUCUGUCAUACCUAGCCACGGCUGGAAUCCUGAUUGGAUUUGAUGCAUCGGGGCACGUUGCAGAGGAAACCAAGAAUGCAGCUACUACCGCAGCAAGAGGUAUUUUCUGGAGUACAGUUGUAAGCGGAAUCGGUGGAUUCCUAGCAAUUAUACUCUUUUUGUUCUGUGCGCCUGAUGCCGAUACAUUGUUCUCAUUCUCUGCUCCUCAGCCAUUCGUCCCCCUUUACGCCCUUGUUCUCGGGCGUGGAGGACACGUCUUCAUGAAUGUAAUCUGCAUCAUUGCAUUGUGGCUAAACACCGCAAUUGCCAUUGUCGCGGCGUCUCGCCUUGUAUUCGCCGUAGCUCGAGACGGCGUUCUACCUUUCUCGGGUUGGGUCUCGCAAGUUUCACGCAAAGGCCAGCCGAAGAAUGCUGUUCUCGUUGUCUGGGGAGUUGCUGCCAUUGUCACAUGCACCAUCCUACCUUCAGCAGUAGCGUUCACAUCGCUGAUAUCGGCUGCUGGCGUGCCAUCAGCUGCUGCGUACGGAUUGAUCUGUUUCGGUCGAUUCUUCUUCACCCCCAAAAACUUCCCAAAGCCGAGAUGGAGCUUGGGGAAGCUGAGCAGGCCCUUUCAGUUCAUUGGUAUUUUCUGGAAUGGAUGGGUCGUUGCGGUUCUCUUCUCGCCUUACGAAUUCCCAGUUUCGGGCCAGACACUAAAUUAUGCACCGAUCAUCAUGGCUGCGGUCACAAUUUUUGCACUUAUCUCUUGGUGGUUUACACCAGAAUCGGCUUGGCUUCCCACGACACGCAUCACCCAUUUCAUCGAGAGUACUGGCGAAGGCGAUGUAGGAGUCGCUAACGAGGAAGUUUCCGAAAACAGCAAUAGAGAGACUGCGAAGUAG